GUCCAUUUUUUAUAACUUAGUGAACACGUCACUAAAUUUGCGAAAAAGUUGCCGAAAGUUGUCAAAGGUACUUAUGAAGCUUAUAAUUAAACGUUGCGAAUAUUCUUGGACUUAUUCACCUGAAAUGAAAAUCUAAUUCUGACGUCAUUAAAUGAGGUUUAUUUAUAUAAUUUCUGAGGUUACAUGUACUUUGAACUGAACGUUGUCUACAUACGUCUCAUACCAUUUACCGAUAUUUGCAUAAGUUAAAAAGAAAGUAGGAAAUAUGAGUCUACAGUGGACAUUGAUCGCUGGCUUUCUUUACGCUGAAAUUGUUGUAGUCUUACUAUUAGUAUUACCAAUAUUUUCUCCUACCAGAUGGCAAAAGCUCUUUAAAUCUCGAUUUCUGCAGAGUUUAAGCAAUCGAGCAUCUUUUUAUUUCUUAAUAUUACUUGCAAUACUAGUUCUAUUUUUAUUAGAUGCUAUUAGAGAGAUGCGAAAAUAUUCUUCACCUGAACAUUCAGAUCAUGGUCACUUAGAUGCUGAAAUGCAGGGUAAUAUGAGAUUAUUCAGAGCACAAAGAAACUUUUAUAUAUCUGGCUUUGCAUUGUUUUUAAGUCUUGUCAUACGUCGUCUUGUAACCCUAAUUUCUACUCAAGCUACACUAUUAGCGCAAAGUGCAGCAGCUAUGCGACAAGCUCAAUCUGCAACUACAACGGCAAAAAGUUUAUUAUCUCAGAAAACAACUGGAGAAAGUGCACAGAAUGAUUCUAAUGAAGCACAUGAUAAAGUACUAUCAGACCUGAAAAAUCAAAUUAAGGAAUUACAAGUAAAAAAUCAAGAUUUAGAAAAUCAGCUUACAAAGGAGAAGAAAGAUAAAGAAGCAUUAAAAUCGCAAGCUGAGUCCCUUGCAAAGGAGUAUGAUCGUUUAAGCGAUGAACAUGGUAAAUUGGUUCACUCAGAUGGUGAUAAAAAAAGUGAUUAAGUUAUAUUUUUUCCUUUUUUGUUAUUUUUUUAUUUUGUUUUCUUAAUUAUUUUAUAAUUUGUAAUCCCAAUAUUUUGUUUGAUAUUUUAUAUUAUAUGAAGUUAAAGUUCUACAAAAAUUCAUGUAACGUAGACAAUAAGUUAUGUAAUAGAGUAUUUAUCAAGAGUAUCUCUAUGAUUAAGAUACAGAUAUGAUUAAGAUAAGUUUGUAUUUUAUAAAUAUUUAAAUAUAUGAAAUUAAUAUUGUA